UCUUCCCUUCCUCCGGGGUUUUACAUCGCGGGGGCGAGAGUGCGAGAUACAGAGCGAGAAAAUGGUGAAAUUCCUGAAGCCAAAUAAGGUUGUGAUCCUCCUGCAGGGCCGCUACGCGGGGCGCAAGGCGGUGAUUGUGAGGGCCUUUGACGACGGCACGCGGGAUCGCCCCUACGGCCACUGUUUGGUGGCCGGGAUAAGCAAGUACCCUAGCAAGGUCAUACGCAAGGACUCAGCCAAGAAGACGGCCAAGAAGUCCCGCGUGAAGGCCUUCGUCAAACUCGUCAACUACCAGCACCUUAUGCCCACGCGCUACACCCUCGAUGUCGAUCUCAAGGAUGUGGUCUCCCUCGAGAGCCUCCAAUCCAGGGACAAGAAGGUCACCGCCGCUAAGGAUACCAAGAAGAGGCUGGAGGAUCGCUUCAAGUCUGGCAAGAACAGGUGGUUCUUUACCAAGCUCAGGUUCUGAUUAGGAGCACUGCCGUUUCAGAUGGGGUCUGUUUUCUGUUUUGAUUGUCUUUUCUUGUUUUUUAACAAGACACUUGUUUUUUUAUCAAGUAUUCUAGUACUUGUCUUUAGAGCCGAUUUUGAAUUUAGUAUGAUGUUUUAUGAAAUGCUUUAAACCUGUUUGGAGGAGAUAUAUGAUGAAUUUAUUUUGCUA